AUGACUUUUAUAGAGGAAAAAGUAGAAGGUGCAGACUUUAACUUGGGCAUAGUGACCUCUAAAGUGCAGGAAUUAGAAAUUAAAAACAAGCAAAUGAACGAUGAACUACUAUACAUUCAAGCCCAAUCCAUGCGCAACAAUCUAGUGUUCGGCAAUAUUGAGGAGGCCCGAGCAGGGGUGGACGAAAAUGCGGAAUAUGUAUUGCGGGAAUUCUUAGUCAGCAAGUUGAAAAUGGCCAAUAGCUUAGUUACAGAAAUGAAAUUUGAGCGAGUGCAUAGAAUGGGUCAGAAGAAUUCUGAUAAGGUUCGUCCUAUUGUGGCCAAAUUCAACCUGUUUAAGGAGCGUGAACUAGUUAGGAGGUCGGCUAGUGCACUAAAAGACACUCCGUAUUACUUGCACGAGCAAUUCCCGAAGGAAAUAUCCGACAAGCGUAGGAAACUGGUACCGGAGAUGAAAAAGGCGCGUAAAAGUGGGUCGAAGGCUUGGAUUUCGUAUGAUACGUUGUUCAUUGACGGGGUCCCCUACACGAAAGCUGUAGACUUCUUGACUUGUUCCUGGCGGACCAUCACGGGGGAUGCUCGGGCAUGA